CAAACUUUGCGUUGUAAAAUUAUUUAUAGAUUAUUUAUAGAUAGAAAGUCUUUAAGAUUUGAAUUUAGUUCGAAAUUAUUAAUUCAACUUUUUUUAUAAAUAGAAUGAAUAGAAAUUCCGGAGUUCUCUACAGAAAUUUUCCCGACACGCAAACACAAAAUGGAAAUGAAUGAAGUGGAAACAAUUGUUUCAAUAGUGACAGCAGAGGAUGAAAAUAUCAGUGAUUAUAUCGAUUCUCCAAAUUCUUUAGACGAAUUUAAAAAACCUGCUUCUAAUACAGUAAAAGAUUUUCUCAUGUUAUUAAAUUCCGAAGAGGUGAAAAUAAAUGUUGAAUUAACUCUGGAAGACAAAAAUAAUGAAUGCAACAACAAAUCAUUGAAAAAUGAACAACAGUCGGAAAUACUUGUCACUGAAACUUGUAAAAAUGAAGAUGAGGAUCGUUUCACUGAAAACGAAGAGAAAAAUCAAGAGAAUAUGAUGGAUGUGGAUACGAAUAAUGGCUCGAACCAGAUAUUGGAGAAUGAAACAAAAUCAGCAUCAAAGAGUUUAGAAGGAGAAACACAAUCUUUGAAUUUCGAAUACAAUUGGACAGUUUCUCAACAACUUUUGUGUUCAGCUACAGAAGAGUACAAGGCUUCGGAAAAUUGUGAGAAUUUCACGAAAGGAUGUCAAUGGUCUCCGGAUGGCACUUGCCUUAUGGUCCCAUCGGAAGACUUUCGAAUACGAAUUUACGAAUUACCGAAAGAAUUAUAUUCAGAAAAGCCGACAACGAAUUUAUCGUCAUCAACUCUAAAGUCUGCACUUUGUGUGAAGGAAGGAGGCCUCAUCUACGACAGUUGUUGGUAUCCUCACAUGAACUCAUGGAAUCCAGCAACCUGUUGUUUUUUAAGUACUAGUCAAGAGACUCCCAUUCAUUUAUGGGACGCAUUUACAGGAGAAUUGAGAGCCACCUACAGAGCUUACAAUCAAGUUGACGAGGUGGAACCUGCCAUUAGCAUAAGAUUUAUAAAUUCAGGUGCCGAAGUUUGGAGUGGAUUUAAAGGCGCUCUACGAAAAUUUGACACCGAAAGGCCAGGACGACAAACGGAAGAUAUAUUUCUGAAACAUGACUUUCCAACCAUUUCUGGGUUGGUGUCUUGUAUACGUGAAAAUCCAAUAAUGCCAGGACUUGUGGCUUUUGGCACUUACUCUAAAUACAUAGGUUUAUAUCAGAAUGGACCAGUUUGUUGUUUUAAAACAAAUAGUGGAGUGACGCAAUUAGAAUUUAGUCCCUGUGGCACUAAAUUAUAUUCAGCAGUAAGACGUAGUAAUGAAUUCUACUGUUGGGAUCUACGAAAUCCUGGAGUUGUCUUGUGGUCCAUGGAAAAUCGAGAAGCCAACACUAAUCAAAAAAUUAAUUUUGAUAUUUCAAAGGAUGGUUCGACGAUUGUUUCCGGUGGUGUAGAUGGUGUAGUUAAAGUUUGGAAAGUUGACGUGGUUAAAGCAACUGAAGAAGAAGCUGAAGAAUUGAACCCCAUCAGUAGAAUUUCAUUAUCAAAAGAUUGUAUAAAUGGAGUGAGCUUACACGGAAGUUUACCACUCUUAGCUACAAGUUCGGGUCAAAGAAUAUGUGACGAGAGGGAACAGUAUCGUGAUAAUAGUGUGAGACUUUGGUGGUUCGGUAAUAACCAAAGAACAUGAAAAAGUUUUUUUUAAAAAUAGUUUGUAAUUCAUAAAAAAAGCCUUCUUGAAAAUAGAUACAUUUUUAAUAUAAAAUUAUAAAAACUGAAGACAUUACAUUUAAAAAAUGUUACUACUAUUUUUUAAUACCUAUUUUAUAAAAAAAGAGACAUUAAUAAUGUUCUAUACUGUGAUUCCAAUCACUGUAUUAAAAAAGAAUAAUAAUCAUAUAAAAAGUGCAUACAUUUAAUGCAAACAGCGCUAUACUUAUUGCAAUAAAUAUUUUUUAUAUUUUCACUCAGA